AGCACUGUCAGUAUCAAUUUUAUCUUCCAAAAACGCAGAAAAUCUGCGCUGGAAAACAACCUCAACUCCAAUUCUUCAUCUUCCUUCACUUUUGGCUUCCAUGCGGAGUACAUGGUAGCUGCUAAUAUGGCUAUAUUCAACUUUCUCCAACUUCUUUCUCUCGUUUUGAUAAUGGUGGGUGCACAGUUAUGCCUAGCAGAAUCAUCGCUUGUAGUUCAUUUUAGUCGUACUCCACCAACUCUGACCAGGUCCUCCAACGCCGUUUUCCAGUACUUGGUUAAGAGGUUGGAUGGUACCAAUGCUUGUAAGAGAAAUACUUGUUUAUUUUCCUGUGAGCUUGAUGGCAAGGCUUUUCCUUGCGGAGCUAAUGGCAUUGUGUUGAAGAACUUAACUAUAAAUGAUGAGCAUAACUUUCUUCUCAAUGUUACUACAAACAAGGGAGAAAGAAGUUCAUCAACUUACUCAUGGUUUAUAGACAGAAUAGCCCCAACAGCAAUCAUCUCUAGUGAACAGACAUAUACAAAUGCCAAGAGGGUAUCAGUUGAUAUCACAUUCAGCGAACCAUGCACUGGACUGGGCGGAUUUAAUUGUCUAAACUCAUCAAACUGUGAUGUCUCCGUAACUGGUCCUGCAUAUGUGCGUGCUUCUUCUCUGCAAAUGAUUAGACCAGGCACUCACUAUAGUCUUGAAGUGAUUCUCUCCUCAAAAAGUGCAUAUGGGCGUGCAGUAAUCCAAUUGGCAGAUAAUAUUUGUGCGGAUCAAGCUGGAAACAGGUUCAAUAGAACCAAUAGUUCUUCAUUGACCAUUCACUUCGAUAGAAGACCAGUUACAGUAGAUAUCUGGACUUCAGUUCCAUCAUAUGAGUUGGUAAUUAACAAAGUCCCAAGAACAGUGAUUGCAACUAGCAAAACAGAAGACCUGAUAAUUUUCUUGGACUUCAGCACUCCCUUAAGGAAUUCAACUAAGCAGAUUCUCAACACAUUACGAGUCAAUUCUGGUACCUUAGUUCCUUUCCACGUCAGACAAAAUGAGACCCGUCGUUUUGCUUUUAAACUCAAGAACAUCUCAGGAACUGAGAUCAUCACGGCUGAAUUACUAGCUUCUUCAAUAUUUGGCAGGACAGGCACUCCCGUCUCACCUGUUUCUCCUAUUACAUUCCUUUAUGAUUCAAUGAAACCUGGUGUUACACUACGGACCAGCUCACAAAGUGUGACAAAGGAAUCUCACAUCAACAUAAUUGUUGAGUUCACAAAGCCAGUCUUUGGCUUUGAGGCCACUAUGGUAGAAGUAAUGGGAGGAAGACUAAUCAGGUUAAAGGAACUAUCAAGAGCUCUAUACUCGUUGUCUGUCCAAGCAGUAACUCAAACGGUGGUGUCAGUUACCGUUCCUGCAGGGAAGGCAACUGAUAUUUCAGGAAACGAAAAUAUGGCAUCUAACCAAAUUGAAGUAAAGCAUUAUUCCAUUCCUGCAACGUCCAUUGCAUCACAUUCAUUUGUGAGCGCUGGGACAAUUGCUACGUCACUUGUGGCUGCUAUAUUUUCACUGUCCUCUGCAAAUCUAGAAGCAAUAAGCAUGCUUGCUUCAGGAGGUACAAAAUGUGCUGCUUCCAGUCCAUCAACGAAUCUACAUGGACUAAUAGGACACCUACAGAUCUUUGCCCUCUCGGGCUGGUUUUCGGUUAACCAACCUGUUGAAUAUUAUGAAACAACAAGAGGUCUCCGGUGGCUCAUACCACAUCACAAGCUUCCUUGGAAAGAUGUUGGUUCUUCAACCUCAGACAACAAAGGUUUUCCAGAGGAAGAAAAAUUUGUUAGUAUAACUGAUGACUGGUUUGUGGGGGCCAAGUCCCAUAACAGGGAUGGCCAUCAAGAUGACCUGAACACCUCUUCAUACGCUGAACAUGUAGCCGCACUUUCAAGUGAGAACAAUUCAAAACUUGGCUGGCUUCCCCGUCAGUACAACUUAAGCAUAAAAAGUACAUCCUUUGGUCAACCCCUCAGUUCUGCUGAAUAUUUUAGUUAUUUCUUGAGAGGAGAACCGAUGUCAGCGAGCAACGUCAUCAAGAAACUGGGGAAUUACAACGGGUGGCUGGACUUGGAGAAGAACUUGUUCUGGCUCGGAGUGGGAGGAGGCAGUUUAGUUUUAAUUCAUGUUUCCAUCGUAUUAUUCUUGAGAUGGAGGACCGGAAUAUCACCUCAAGGCAGCCUAUCAGUUCCUAGGUUUGAGCUCCUUCUUCUGAUUCUCAUGCUGCCAUGCAUUUCUCAGUCUUCAACGUUCGUAAUAAAAGGUGGCACAGCCCGGGGAAUUAUAACGGGGGCUUUAUUGUUAGCAAUUCCUGUAGCAUUCGUCCUGUCAGUAUCCCUCUUUCAUUUUAUUGCAAUUUUCUCUGGGAAUUUUGUCCAGUAUAAAGAAGUCAGACAAUUAGUAAACGAAGAAACAUGGAGCAGGAGGUUCUGGUUCUUCUUUACUGGCAGGUCAACAAAUGGAAAGUGGUUUUACGAGGAAGGACUGCCUUCAUCAUUCCUCCCAAGAUUUGGGAUUCUUUUCGACAAUUGUAAGGGUUGUCCGGUCCCUGUUUUUGUUGAUCAAGUUGAUUCAAACACCCACGUGAAGUGGGCUAAAAAAAGGGUUGCUUUGGGAAUCAUAUCUGUUGCCUACUCAUCAGAGAGAUCAAGUAAAAGUCUGCUUGCAUUGAUAAUCACAGCAGUACAGUUCAUUUAUCUUUUUACCUUCAAACCAUACAUAAGGAGGAGUGUCCAAGUAGCGGAAAGUGUUGCCCUCUUGUGUGAGGGAGGUGUGUUUGCCAUAUUCAUCUUUCAGAAUAACUCGAACCUGAUUGAAGCCAAGACAUGGGGAUUGGUUCUGUUGAUUCUUCUUCUGGCUUCUUUUAUUGCUCAGCUUAUCAACCAAUGGUAUACUAUGAUAACAUCACUGUCCAGAUUCUCACAGCCUCACAAGAAUUCUUUUAGGCAUGGAAUAAAGUUUGCUGCCAAAGGAGUUAUCUUGCCUUUCCUUCCCAAGCAUCAUUGGUGUAGAUUUAUACAUUCGUCUUCCCAACCAAAUGCAGAGAUACUUCCAGUAAAUCCUCUUCGUUCAGAAACAGAAUUCGAAAGAGGAAAUAGAACAGGAUAUAUGGAUCCAACCAGUGCCAUGACUGCUACUAUAGUCCCUGUGCUCAGUUCAGGUACACCAAGCCCCAAUCUUAUUGAAACAACAGAUCAGAGGCCAGAGAUAGAUAUCAAUGAACAUAUAGAAGUGGAAGGUAAAUGGCUAAAAGGACACAAGGCUGGGCCAAGAAAUGAGCUAAAGAUGUUAAGGGAGCUGGCAAAAGCUAGUUUUUCUGGGAAUUCCCGAGUUGAUGAAGCCAGUACCAGCUACAGCUGGAAGAAAUAA